CCCUCUCUCUUUCCCUCCUUGCCUCUCUCUCUGGCUACAGCAGCACCGGCCGACCGGCUUUCUCUCCUCUCCUCUCCUCUCCUCUCCUCUCUCUCUUGGGUGGAUGGCACCAGCUCCGGCAACCUGAGGAGGAGGACACACACACACCGAGAUACAGAAAGAGAGAGAGAGUGUGGGAGACAUAGAUUUACAACUGCCUCUUUUCGUGUCAACAACCUAAAAAAGACAGACUUUUCAAUUAGGUUAUCCUUGUGUCCAUUUCUAUUGGUGUCCCCCCCCCCCCCUCUUUGGAGACUUUUUGACUGAUACAACUGAAGGGCCCCCACGGAAAAGACUCUCUGAGGAAGCCGCAAAUCAACUCCAAGGACUGAAGGACACACUCUUCCUCCACCACCCACCAAGCCAGGUCCUUCAACCCCGUCAGAGAGUGGUGUGUGGUGUAGUGUGUAGUGUGGUGUUGGUGGUGUGUUCAUCAUCAUCAUCAUCAUCGUCAUGGCGAUGCGAGGCCUGCUCCUGGGCCUGGCCAUGCUGGUGCUCCUCCUGGACGCCAGUCACGGCGGGCUGGUGAGGAAGAUCAUCCGACACCGACGCGAGGCCCUCAGCCCCUUGGGAAGCGGCAUCGGAGGCAUCGGCGGCAGCAGCGACAGCGACGUCCUGCCCAACCCCGACCAGCCAGUGGUCUUCAACCACGUCUACAACAUCAACGUGCCCUCUAGCUCCCUCUGCUCCGUCGACCUGGACGCCCCCGGAGCCGAGGAGGUGAAGAUUCCCCACAACGACGCUCCCAUGGGCAAGGGCCCCUCGGAGAUGCACACGGAGCACACCCUAGACGGGGAGAACCAGAUCGUCUUCACGCACCGCAUCAACAUCCCCAAGCAGGCGUGCGGCUGCGAGCGGGACCUGCCCGAGCUCAAGGACCUGCUCAAGAGGCUGGAGAUGCUGGAGGCCGAGGUGUCCAGCCUGAGAGAGCAGUGCUCAAGCAGCUGCUGUGGAGCCCAGGUCACAGGAGAAAUAACAUCCAGGCCCUACUGCAGUGGCCAUGGCAACUACAGCGUGGAGACGUGCAGCUGCGUGUGCGAGCCCGGCUGGAAGGGCGUCAACUGCUCCGAGUCGGAGUGCCCCAACGACUGUCAGGACCAGGGUCGCUGCGUGGAUGGCAGGUGCGAGUGCUUCGAGGGCUACUCGGGUGACGACUGCAGCCUGGAGAUGUGCCAGGUGGACUGCGGCGACUACGGCGAGUGCAUCGAGGGCUCCUGCGUCUGCGAGGACGGCUUCGUCGGCAACGACUGCACGCAGACCAACUGCCCCAACAACUGCUUCGGACGCGGGCGCUGCGUGGAGGACGAAUGCGUGUGCGACGAGCCCUGGACGGGCUUCGACUGCUCGGAGCUGAUCUGCCCCAACGACUGCUACGACCGCGGCCGCUGCAACAACGGCACGUGUGAGUGCGACGAAGGGUUCACCGGCGAGGACUGCGGCGAGUUGACGUGCCUCAGCAACUGCAACAACCGCGGCGUGUGCGUGGACGGCAAGUGCGUGUGCCACGCCGGCUACAGCGGCGAGGACUGCUCCAAGCUCACCUGCCCCAAGGACUGCCACCAGAGGGGCCACUGCUUCAACGGCAUGUGCAUCUGCGACCCCGGGUUCGAGGGCCCCGACUGCGGCGUCGUCACCUGCCCUGGCAACUGCAACAACAGGGGCCAGUGUGUGAACGGCGAGUGUGUCUGCGACUUCGGCUGGGAGGGCGAGGACUGCUCGGAUCGCUCCUGCCCCAACAACUGCAUGAACCUGGGCCGCUGCGUCAACGGCAAGUGCAUCUGCAAGCAGGGCUACGCCGGCGACGACUGCAGCAUCAAGACCUGCCCCAACGACUGCCACGGGCGCGGUAGGUGCGUGGACGGCAAGUGCGUCUGCGACGCCGGCUUCACAGGAAAGGACUGCAACGUGCUGACCUGCUUGAACGACUGCAACAACCGCGGGCGUUGCGUCAACGGCAAGUGCGUCUGCAACCGCGGGUUCACCGGCGAAGACUGCAACGAGAAGACCUGCCCCAACAACUGCCUGGACCGCGGCUACUGCGCCAACGGCAAGUGCGUGUGCUUCGAGGGCUACACCGGUGCCGACUGCUCCGUCCUCACCUGCCCGGACAACUGCAACGACCAAGGCCACUGUCUGAACGGAAUGUGCAUCUGCGACAUGGGAUUCACCGGCGACGACUGCUCUAGCAUCAGCCCACCACGUGACCUGACGGUAGUGGAGGUGGACCCUGAGACGGUGGACGUGUCCUGGGUGAACGAGAUGCUGGUGACCGAGUACCUCGUCACAUACGUGCCCACGGCGCUCGGCGGCCUGGAGCUGGACAUGCGCGUCUCCGGAGACGUCCGGACGGCCACCAUCCGCGAGCUGGAGCCCGGCAUAGAAUACCUCAUCAGCGUCUACGCCGUGCUCAACAACAAGAUGAGCUUGCCCGUCAGCGCCCGCGUCGCCACCCAUCUGCCGCAGCCCGAGGGCCUGAAGUUUAAGUCGGUGCGGGAGACCACGGUGGAGGUGGAGUGGGACCCCCUCAACAUCCCCUUCGACGGCUGGAACCUCAUCUUCAGAAACACGAAAGAGGAGGAGAAUGGGGAGAUUCUGAAUGUGCUGAGCCCGCCGGAGACCACCUUUGAACAGUCUGGACUGGGACCGGGCCAGGAGUACGAAGUCAAGCUCCAGGUGGUCAAGAACAACACCCAUGGACCCACAGCAACCAAGAGCUUUGUCACAAUGAUCGACUCCCCGAGCCAGGUGGAUGUGCGUGACGUGAGCGAUACCUCAGCGCUGGUCACCUGGUUCCAGCCCGUCUCCCAGGUGGAUGGCGUGUCGGUGUCCUACGGCCCGGUCGAGGAGGGUAGUGAGCGCCACACGGUGGAGCUGCCCGGUACUGACACCCAGCACCACCUGAGCGACCUGCACCCCGACACCUUCUACGAGGUGGGCCUCAUGGCCAAACGCGGCGAGAUCAGCAGCGUGCCCGUCUACGAGAACUUCCUCACAGACCUGGACGCCCCGUCGGACCUGCAGGCGGUGGGCCAGACGGAGGACAGCAUCACGCUGGAGUGGAGGAACAGCAGGUCCCAGGUGCUCAACUACCGCGUCAAGUACGGGCCGCUCUCCGGAGGGGAGCACGGGGAGACCCUCUUCCCCGCCGGCGCGCAGGGCAGCACCUCCGCCACGCUCACAGGCUUGAGGCCGGGAACGGAGUACGGUAUGGGGGUGACUGCAGUCAAGGACGAACGUGAGAGUGCACCCACAACAACCAAUGCCGUGACUGACAUCGAUGCUCCUAAGGACCUGGAGGUGAGCGAGUCGAGUGAGACCACACUGGUGCUGGUCUGGAGGAAGCCCAUGGCCAAGAUCGACAUCUACAGGCUGGUGUUUGUGUCGGCUGACGGCCGCCACACGGAGGUGGAGGUUCCCGGAGGAGCCAACACCCACACGCUGGUGAACCUGACGCCCGGCAUGAUGUACACCAUCACCCUGGUGGCCGAGAGGGCCAAGAGGAAGAGCGCCCCCGCCACCAUCACCGCAUCCACAGAGGAUCUGAAGCCCCAGGUGGGCGGUGUGACAGUGUCCGAGGUGUCUUGGGACAGCUUCCUGGUGUCCUGGGUGACGGAGCGCGGCGCCUUUGAGAACUUUCUGAUCGAGGUCGAGUCUGAGGACGGCGAGCAGAUGCGCAACGUCACGGUGUCGGGCGGCGAGACCAGCCAGGUGCUCACAGAGCUGCUGCCCGGUACCUUGUACAAGGUCACGCUCUAUGGCCUCUACAAAUGGAACCUUAUAGGGCCAGUCUUUGCCGAGGCCACCACAGAGCUGGAGCCCGAGGUGGAGCACCUGUUUGUGUCUGACGUCACGCCCUCCAGUUUCAAACUGGCGUGGAGCGCCCCCGAGGACGUCUUUGAUAGCUUUGUCAUAAUGAUCACCGACGAGGCCACAGGCACGCUGAAAGAGCUCACCGUGGCAGGAGACGUCAGGACGCAAGACAUCGCCGAUCUUUUGGAGGACACAGAGUUCAAAAUCACACUCAUUGGAGUCAUUUUGGAGCGUCGCUUCCCACCCCUUUCUGGUGUAGCUAAGACAGGCUUGGGAAUGCCACAGGGCAUCCAUUUCUCUGACGUCACUGACACUUCUGCCACCGUUCACUGGAGCGUCCCUCGCGCCCGCGUGGACAGUUACCGUGUGUCCUACGUGCCACUGCUGGGAGGAAGCCCCAUGACGGUGUCUGUGGAUGGCGGUGAGUCCCAGACGGUGCUGGCCAACCUGAUCCCCGGCACCACCUACCAGGUGACCGUCAUGGCCGUCAAGGGCCUGGAGGAGAGCGAGCCCGGCACUGACAAGGUCACCACCGCGCUGGAUAAGCCCCGCGGCCUGAUGGCGGUGAACAUCACAGACUCUGAGGCUCUGCUCCAUUGGCAACCGGCCAUCGCCACCGUGGACGGAUACGUCAUCACAUACAGCGCCGACUCAGUUGGCCCGGUGAUGGAGCGCGUGUCGGGCAACACUGUGGAGUUCGAGAUGACCUCCCUGGUGCCGGCCACCCGCUACACUGUCAAGGUCUACGCCGUGCGCGACACUGCCAAGAGCGCCGCCACCACCACCGAGUUCACCACAGACGUGGACGCUCCUCAGGACCUUGUGGCCACCAACAUCCAGACGGAGAGCGCCAUGCUGACCUGGAAGCCGCCCCGCGCUGACAUCAGUGGAUACAUCCUCACCUACGAGUCUGUGGACGGCACCGUCAGAGAGGUGGUGCUGAGUCCCACGGCCACGUCUUACAGCAUGGCUGGUCUGAGUGCCUCCACCGUCUACGACGUCCGGCUGCAGGCCCUCGCCGGACCCAUGAGGAGCCGCGUCAUCACCACCGCAUUCACCACCAUUGGUGUGCUGUAUAAGCACCCUAAGGACUGCUCACAGGCUCUGCUGAAUGGCGACGCCACCUCCGGCAUCUACACCAUCUACCUGCGCGGGGACGAGAACCAGCCCCUGCAGGUCUACUGCGACAUGGCCUCCGACGGCGGCGGAUGGAUUGUGUUUGUGAGACGUCAGAGUGGAAAGGUGGAAUUCUUCCGUAACUGGAGAAACUACACGGCUGGCUUUGGAGAUCUGAAUGACGAGUUCUGGCUUGGUCUCUCCAACCUGCACAAGAUCACCUCUUCUGGCCAGUACGAGCUCCGCGUGGACCUGCGCGACAAGGGCGAGACGGUCUACGCUCAGUACGACAAGUUCUCCGUCUCGGAGCCCCGCAGCCGCUACAAGGUGCACGUGGGAGGAUACAGCGGCACGGCAGGAGAUUCAAUGACUUAUCACCACGGCCGGCCCUUCUCCACAUACGACAACGACAAUGACAUUGCCGUCACCAACUGUGCCCUGUCCUACAAGGGCGCUUUCUGGUACAAGAACUGUCAUCGUGUCAACAUCAUGGGACGAUAUGGCGACAACAGUCACAGCAAGGGUGUCAACUGGUUCCACUGGAAGGGGCACGAGCAUUCCAUCGAGUUUGCCGAGAUGAAGAUCCGGCCAACCAACUUCAGGAACUUGGAGGGCAGGAGAAAACGAUCAUAAACCACCACCGCCACCACCACCACCACAUCACUACACCACACCACCACAAUGCCCCACAUCAUAACAACAUCAUAACACCCUGCCUCUGCCCACUGGUCCUUCUGCUUUUACCCCAGUCAAUAUCACCCCCUUCAGCUACCAAAGCCACUGCCCUGAGAGCUCGACCACCUCUCUCCAUCUCUCUCUCUCUCUCUCUCUCUCUCUCUCUCUCUCUCUCUCUCUCUCUCACGCUGUCUCCAUCCAAGUUUGGGUCUGUAGUGUCUGCCGUCCCGUCCCUUUGAUCUCCUCCCAUUUCAGAUCCAAAGCCAGUGCCGCGCCGCCCGUCCCAUUUUCCAUGUUGUGUACAGUGUGAAUGUUGUCAACAUUUCACUGAUUGUUGGGGGAAAGAAAACAGAACGAUGGACUCAAAAGUGCAUGGUCUAGCUAGCUAGCAUACACCGUGCCUAUGCAAAUUCAUGUGGACACCACACCAAAGAUGGUGGUACCUACUGUUUGUUUGAGCAAAAAAACAAAAAAACAUGUGACACAACAACAAAAGCACAACACAAUUAAUAAGCACAACCCUACAAAGCACUCACUCGCUCCACUGGCAGAGAGGAGAUGGAGAGUCUGGCUCGGAGCUUGUUCUCUUAACACCACACACCACAUCCUCAGUUUCCACAUGACAUACUGUGACAGUUUGACUUAAAAAAAAAAAAAUCUGUGUUAUGCAGAGAGGGCAGACCGUAUGUUUGUGUGUUUGUUCGUUUGUUUCUGUGUGUGAAUGUGUGCGUGAGUGUGUGUGUGUGUGAUAUCAUGUAGUUUGUGGUGCCUCUUCACAAAGUUAUCAACAGGAAAUCUCACUCGUUAUUCUUUUUGUAACUAAACUCCUGAUCUACAGUUUGAAACAGCGUACGAGAUAGGGUUGGGAUGUAGAUGGGAGAGAGAAGUGAGACAAAUAUUCCUGAAACAAAAACAGGGGGAGUAUUCCAAGAACCUGGCUCAGUAGUAAGUCAGGUUAAAGGGGCAUGCCACUAUUUUGGGGCUUAAUACAGUUAAAAUCGUUG